GCAAAUGCACCGAAAGUAACAAGACACAGGAUGAAGAACUAUGUGAUACCCCCCUCAGAGCAAGGUCAUCUGCGAAAACCAGAGCAGGUUUCAGUACUACACAACUGUCACUGGCUGAGUACUGCACAGCUUCCUGCUAUUGUAGUUUAAUGUGUUUGAUUUACAUAGUCCCUGUAUGAUCACAGUCAGACUUGUAGUCAGGUGGAGCCAACACAGAGUCAUUCAUACAGGAGCCCUUCAUACAUCAGAAGAGCAGGACAACAAAUCAGACGUGAGAGCCAUUCGGGCUCGUUUCCAGACUGCAGGUGUCUCUAUGGAAGGAAGUGGUGCAGCACGUCCAAAAACCACUGUCCACCCAACCCUAUCAGGUCCCAUGGUGCCGUCUAAAAAACCUGCGCUGGAGGUCAGCCUCUCAGGCAGUGCUGCUGCUGCUGCUGCUGCUGCUAACUCCACCAACCCUAGACCUAGCUACUUGAAGAACAUAGUCUCCAACAACAGUGCGCCAGAGCCGUGGGAGUCUUCAAAGUCUAAAGCCCUCGUCAGCAAGUUUGAAAAUGCAAACGCAAAUGAGGAUAGCAAACCCCCUUUUGCUAAACCCUUGAAACCGAAACCACCAGAUUGGAACCAGAACAGUGAACAGAAGCCAAAGAUUCCAUUACAGAAGCCGCUGAUAACAGAGGCCAAGAACGUGUUCCCCAAACCACCUGUGACAACCAAACCUUUCAAGAGCCCCAAACCUGAGAACAAUGAAAGCACUGUGAACACCAUCCCUACCCCUCCAAAAACGCCUGCAGCUCCCAAACCAAAGAGUAGCAUCAACCUACUUUGGCAGCAGGCAGGAGAAGAGAAAGAGGAGGAUAAUACGGCAAAACCAUUCUCGCGCGCAAAUUUAAAGAAUUCCAGCUUCCACACUGCCCACAAUCGCUUCAACAAACCAGAAGAACCAGCAAAGGACGAGUCCAAAUCGCAAAGCUCAAAAGAAUCUCAAGUGCCAGGCCCCAGUGUCGCACAAAAAAAACCUAGCUACAAGACCAAACCCUCUGGACUUGAUGCACAGACGGUGAAAGAUCCUUUAGCCCCCAAAAAAAACCCAUUAACUAACCUUCUUGCUCUCGGCAGUGCGCCAAGCAAACCUAACAGACCCCCCAAGGUCAACCUUGAGAAGUUCAAGAAGGCUGCAGAACCACCAAGUGAGGGACCGGAAAUAAAGAAGGGAGGUCCUCUUCCUCCUCCUCCACCAGCGUCACACCCCAGCACCCAAGCAGCUCCAAUUUUACCUCCGCGACCUCCAGGACCCAAAAUGGAGACAGAAGAGGAAUACGAUGAUGUCGGUGACUUGCAUGACUCAUCGUUUGGAAACUCAGGGCGAGGAGAUGAGGGAAGUGGAAGCGACGGGGAGACAUAUGAGGAACUUGAUGGAUGGUCCACGCCAGAGGUGAAGGAACAAGAAAAGAAACGGGAAAAGGAAGAGAAAAGGCGCGCAGAGCAAGAAAAGAAAGACCAGAAGGAACGUGAAAAAAAAGAACAAGAGGCCAGAAAGAAAUUCAAACUGUCUGGACCUCUCCAAGUCAUCCAUAAAGUAAAAGCGAGAGUGGACUGCAAAGGUGGCAGGAAUGACCUCAGCUUUAAACAGGGCGACUCUAUUGACAUCCUCCGGAUUACAGACAACCCUGAGGGCCGAUGGCUGGCCAGGACUCAAGACGGGUCGUGUGGCUACGUAAAGACCGAAUCGGUCCAGAUCGACUUUGAUACUCUGAAAAAUCAGACCAGACCUCUGCCUGAGAAUGACGGAGAUGUGUAUGAUGAUGUGGGGUCUCAGGAGGACAACAGUAGGAGCAACAGCGGGCCAGGAGUCGUUCUGCCUCCACCUCCAGAAGGACCCGAUGAUAUAUACGAUGAUCUGGAUGAUUCCAGCCUUAAUGUCAGCAGCCCGGAGCCCAGGUCUCUACCCAAAGCACGCAGCUUCAUUCGGAUGCUAACCCCCAGUGACUGGAGAAAAAGCCCUGUCCACAUUAACGUGGUUCCUCCUCCUCCACAGUUCAGUCCAGAGAGUAAUCCAGGCGCUGAGGAAAUUUAUGAUGACGUGGACACACCACAACCUCCCAGCAGCCUGCCUCCUUCCAAAUCGAAGCCGGCGAAACCCGAAGCUAAGACGGAUGAUCCGAAGAAGCAAAAGAAAUUUGAAAAAGAGGAGAAGGAGUUCAGAAAGAAGUUUAAGUUCGACGGCGAGAUAAAGGUUCUGUAUCAAGCGACCGUAAUCAGUAAUAAGAAAGGCAGUGGGAAGGAUCUGGCAGUGCAGGCCGGUGACAUCCUGGACGUCAUCAGCAACUUGGACAACGACAAACUCAUCUGCAGGAACAAGGAGGGAAAAUUCGGAUAUGUCUUAAACAGUAACCUCCAGUCUGAUGAUAACGACAUCUACGAUGACGUCGGGGAUGAUUGCAUCUACGACAACGACAACUGAUCGUGAGCGUGCCAGCGUCUUCAUGCAGCCGUGGACCUCAGGCCUGUUUUAAUGCCCCGUCUGACAUUUUAUAUUGGGAUUAUUUACUCUACAUGUGGUGGGAUGCAACGUGUGUGUGUGUGUGUGGAUCGAGUCAGUCCGGUCAUGUGACUCAAACCCAGCAGGAGUUCACUUUCAGCAGUUGGACAAAUGUACACAAUGUCCCUUUUCAGAAACGUAGCUGCUCAGCUGAGACAUGUUUGAUGUCCUCUCAGAGGGACUACAUUUGGGGAAAUGGGACAGUGUGUACAAUUCAUUUGCCUUAUUUUCUCCUUUAGGACUUUUUUUUUUUAAACAGCUUUGUUUUUGUUGAUGUUAAAGUAUUUACAGAUUUUUUUUUCUUUGGUCGUGUAUAUGCAGAUCGCCUAUAUGGAGUUGUAUAACAUUUCUAACACCUUAUUUAUGUACGAGGCAGUAUUUUGUUUUGUUCCCGCAUGUUAUAUUGUCACAUUGUUAUGUAGUCUACAGUUUAAUAAAGAAGAUUCCAUUACAGGU